AUGGGCUCGAUUAACAAGCAAAUCUCGCGUUACGAAGCAACGGCCGUGUACACCCAUCCCGAUGCCGAAGUAGACAUCGUCCUCGUCCACGGCUUGAACGGCGACCCCCAGAAGACGUGGACAGCCAAGAAUGGCGUCUUCUGGCCCGCCGACCUGCUCCCGACGUCCCUGAGGGAAGCCCGCGCCAACGUGCUCGUCUACGGAUACAAUGCCGACGUCUACUCGAAGAAGUACGGCACGAGCCCCAGCGACAACUUCAUAUACAUGCAUGCCCAGACGCUGGUGACAUCGCUCACCCACUACCGCAAGGACGAGCUGUCGUCGCGCAACCCCAUCAUAUGGGUCGUCCACAGCCUGGGCGGCAUCCUGCUGAAGAGAGCGUUGCUGUACUCGAACGACCUCCGGACAUCACAGCACGAGGAUUAUCGCUCGAUAUACGUAUCCACAUACGGCGUCAUCUUCCUGGGCACGCCGCACACAGGCUCCGACGUGGCGACAUGGGGCACCGUACUGCAGGCCAUGUCAGACGCCGUCGUGCCCAAGUCGUUCUUCCAGUCGGAAUCCGUGCUGCUCCGGACGCUCAAGCGGGACAACGAGACGCUGCAGAACAUCAACAGCCACUUCCUCGACAUCUACCAGCGUUUCAAGAUCCUCAUGGCGCACGAGAACCACAAGACGGACCUCAAGGGCACCAAGAUGCUCGUCGUCGACGCCAACUCGGCCAGCCCGCAGCUGCCGGGCGUGACGUAUUACGCUAUCGAGGCAACGCACUCGGGCAUGUGCAAGUUCGACGGCAAGAAUGCGCCGGGCUACAGGACCGUUGCGAUAGCCAUUCGGGAGUGGGUGAUGGAUGCGUCAGACGUCAUCGCGACUCGCUGGCGCGUCGAGGAAGAUGAGAAGCUGGCACGCGCGAAGCACGAGAUUGAAGAGAGAAUGAAGCCUUGGAUCAACUCCCAGAGAUUGCAGUCAAGUCAAGGAUCCAUUCCGCAGCAAAAUAAUGAGACUACUUUACCCCCAUCGCAAGACACUACUUCGAAAAUCGAUAACCAGUCUAGGCCACUCCUCCCUGAGCCACCAGAAGCGCCUAAUCCUGAAGAGGCCGAAGAGUCGUUCCCUUCGCAGCAAUCCAAGUCUGACCAUGAUUCGUCCCGAGAACCGAUAUUCGUCAAACCGACUGUCUUCCGGCCAAACACGCAUUUCAAGGGCCGCGAGAGGGAGUUGAAGACGCUGCACAAGAUGCUGAUGGAUCGCCAGCGUAGGUCGGUAGGCACCUCGUCAGUCCUGAUCCAAAGCAUGCCUGGCGGCGGGAAAAGCCAUCUGGCGCGGCAGUACGUCUUCAAGCACAAGUACGACUAUCCCGGCGGCAUCUUCUGGAUAAGGGCCAAGUCCAUACAGGAACUAGAGUACGGCUACUGGGACAUAGCAAAGACAGCCGGCCUGGGCGACAACACGAACAGACCGGAGCAGAAUGGCUUCAACGACAGCCGUGCCAUGAUCAAGGCCGUUCAGGCCUGGCUGAGCGGCACCGACGACUGGCUGCUCGUGCUGGAUGGCAUCCAUUUCGACCUGCCCGACCUCCAGCAUUACAUCCCGUUCGCCAAGCACACCAGCAUCAUCUACACAUCUACCGAACGGACACCGGGCGAAGACUACCAAUUCGACAACCCGCAGGUGAUCGCCCUGGACUCACUCUCCAAACGCGAAGCCCAAGAACUUUUAUUCGAGGAGAUGGGCAAGAAGCAGCCCUGGACGCAGGACGACCUCAGACGAGCGGAGGAGCUUGUGGAGCUGAUGGAUCGCUUGCCGCUGAUGAUUCACGUCUCGGCGCUGCACUUGAAGGCUACACGGGAGCCGCUGGCGAAGUAUAUGAGGUCCUACCGGAGCAGACCGAAGGUGGGCAAUUUGCCGGCUUAUCGGGCGGUGAGAGAGCAGCUGGAGCAUCGGGGCGCUGUGGCUGCGCUCAAUUUGAUGUCGAUUUUGGCGUUCUUUGGCACGCAUAUUCCGGUGGAGAUGAUCGUGUUAGGUGCUAAAGCGCUGGACAAGCGGACACCAGUCAAAUCGACGGACCCUGAGACACGCAGGACUUCGUUGAACAGCACGUUCAAGAUCCUCAUCGCGUUCGCCCUUAUCGAGCGAAAUGAGAACACCGAGGCCGCUUCAGCAGCAAGUUCGCGCAGCACACGCAGCGUUGACAUGGGCCAGGACAACCUGGAUAUCCUCAGGAUACAUGGAAUCGUCCAAGCAUUCUUCGUCGACGUCCUGGCCGAGGAGAAGGACGCCCCAUUCUACCUUGAGCGAGCGACGGCUGUGUUUUGCCAAGCCUUCGAUGCGAGUGAUCGCCGAGUCGAAGAGGAUCCCCAGACUGGCAUGCCCGAGGACUUUCGGCGGUUACUGAUCCACGGCAAACGGUUGUUGACACAUAUAGAUCGGUUCGAGAGAAGAUCGCCGGACCUCACGAGAUGCCGCGAGCUCCUCGAGCGCAGGCUGGAGACAAUACAGGACCGGAUUGACCAACUGACGAGGAGAGUGGCAGACGCUGCCAACCAAGGGUCCGCAGAAGUAUUUCUAUCAGUGUUCGAGAGAACGAACAGUUUGUCAGAGGCAGAUUCUAGCACUCCGCCAAGCAAUAGCAGUCUGAUCGAGAAUUACAUGCUGGAUGAAGCCAGUCCGUUGGAAUCGCCGGCGAUCUACAGUCCAACCGACCACAAUCCUUACCAUUGGCACAUUACUUACCCCCAUGGCGAGCCUUACACAGCCGGGGACGACCUGGAGAGGUCGAGGACAGUAACGCCGCAGCCCGCUCCAACAGAGAUCUUCGAGUCGAUAACAAUGCCUGACGAUGAUGAGACCACGCGGAAGGUAUUCGGGCCCAAUCACCGCACCGUCAGGAGGCACGCUGAGCGACGCUACCGUGACCAUGCUGGCUCCUGGAGAGCGUCUCCACAGAUUGUCAGUGACCCGCGCGUUAGCAUCAGUCGCGAGACGGCUAAGGGGAUCAUCAACCCGUCGAUGGUGCAGCAAAGUGGCGGACCACACUCGUCGAGCGAUAGUGGGCCAACUGCCGCAAGUGAAGCAGAGCUCAGCCUGAACCAGAUCAAGCGAGGGUCGCCCUCUCAGAGAGCAAGCACCAGCAUGCCCGACACCAGCGCUCCCGUGAAUGUACGGCCGAGGCUCAUUAUGGGAAGGACCUCGUACGCGAAUCCCAAGACUGAAGAGGCCACUGGCGAUGAUCAUCCGGUCACGCCGACGUUCUCGUAUCCCGCGCCGUCGUCCAAGGAUGCUGCUGCGACGAUCAUGCGUCUUAAAGGGACAGACCGUCCGGUUGCAAGUGUGGACGGCCUUGCGCCGAUCAAGGUAUCGAGUCCGCUCACUGCAGAUCCGUUGACCACCGGGUCGCUACCACGACCACGGCGUCCUUCUGCUGUAGUACGGUAUCCGAGCACUGAGUCGCUCCCACGGCGUCCUUCCAGCGUACUACGAUAUCCCGUGAACGAAGGAGAGAUCACUCUUGACCGAGCAGCAAGACCACCCUCUCGACCGCCAUCGGGGCCACCGUCGAGACCUUUAUCCAGGCCAUCCUCAGCGCAUCUCUCCCGAACAGCCAGGUCCAGUCCCUCCCAGCCCACCGGCCCCUUCCGACCACCCCCCAUCCCCGUCGAGGUGAACACCUCCAGCAGCCUGCGCUCCCCACCCUUGCCCGACUCCCGGUACUGGACGGAGUCCCAUGGCCGUGUCCUGCCCCCCGGUUACGCCAUCGACGAGGACGACGAGUACAUGACGCACUCGCUGCCCUAUCCCAACCCGCCGUACCCGCACACGGUGCCCAUGCCGCCGCCCGACGGCUUCAACAUGGCCAUGCCCGACCACCACCCUGCCCCCUGGGUCGCGUCGCCGAAUCUGCACCCGCAGGGCUACUCCUCGCAGCCCAUGUCCCGCGAUCCGAGCCACCAGUCUAGUGCUAGUCACGGAUCUAACCGCUCGCAGUCGUCGCAUCUGCGGCAGAGCCAAACCCAUGGCAGUAACCACAGCCCGCCAAUGCAUAUGCCGAUCCCUAUGCCCAAUUCGUACUACACGCAGACGCACCCCCAGAGCCACAGCCACAGCGCCUCCCCCGCUUCCCAGGUGCAGAUAAUGCAGCGUCCGCGCUCGCGGCGCCCGAGCAUGGUGGAAACAGAACCCAGUCCGCGCCUCGCGCCUCUUGAGUUUGACCCCGUGGUCACGAGUUAUCAGCUUUAUAACGAGAGUGCGAGGGGCCGAAACCCGGGGGUCUCCGCUACUGCCACGCCUGCGACUGCGAUUGGGGGAAGCGAGACCGAGAAGCCGGGACCUGGUGUGGGCGGCAGUAUGCACCCCUCCGCCUCGUCCCCGGGCUUCUUCCUGUCCCGGUUCCGGUCGUUUAAGGGGAGUCGCAGUCGACGGCAUCGCCGGGCUGAGUCUGCGGGCGGACGGCGUGAUUAUGGGGUUUCGGCUGAAGAGGAGGACGGGGAGAGCGAAGGGGCUGGGGGGAAGGCUAGGGGGGAGGAGAAGAAUAGGGAGAAGAGCAGAGAGAAGAGCAAAGAUAAGGGAGAGAGAAAGAGCGCGGGGAGUCCGGAUCCCGCCCCCGCCCUCGCCCCUGGCGCAGGGGAGGAGAUGGCGCGCUCGGGCUCUGGCUCGGGCUCGGGCGGCAUACGUCUAGCUGACGGCCGCGUAGUCGAGUUCGGGUCGCCGCCGCUGGAUGCGGCAGUUGCGGCCGCGGAGGUCGAGAGGCGGAAGAGUCACAGUGCGAGUCCGGGGUCUCGGUUUGGGUUUGGGGGAGGGAGGCGGGGCAGUGCUAUUUCUACUAGGAACGGGAGUGGAAAUGGAAAUGUAGGUGGAGAUGUUGGGCUGGGGAUUUUGCAGCAGGGGAGGGAUUCGUGA